UAAUAGGAUUAUGAAUGAGAAAGCAAAGGUUGACAUUGCAAAACCUAAAUAAGAAAUGCCUUUAACUUUUAAAGACUUUGAAAAAAUCAAGUUUACCUUCUCUGGAAUAGAAAAGUAUAUUAUCAUGGUAAAUUAAUAAAUCUUAUGAAAGGAACUCAAAACCAGCACUCCAUUGGAAGAUUUAAAAUUCAGGUUUUCAAGCAUCUUAAGAACAGAUUUCUUCGCUAAAAGACUAGAAUUCCAUGUUGUUAAAGGAUUUAAAGAUAAAAUAUUGUCCUCUUAAAAAUCCCUGCAAAAUUAAGGAAUUACAUCUGACUUUAAAGCCCAAGGUCAAGGGUUACUACUUAACAUAACAGUCAAGAUUAUAGAAGAAGGAGCAUGAUUUUUAUUUCAUAUCAUCUUGGAAAUUUAUUAAAUUUGAUUUAAUUCUAAAAGACUUAGAGGCCUAGUAAAAUUCGUAUUAAGACAAUUUUAUAAUGAGGAACACCUAUAAGUAUAAUAUUAUAUUCAAGGUGAUUUUAGGAAAUAUUUUAGGUCCUGUUUGAUAAAACCAUUCAAUCAUAUAUAAAUAUUAUUGAUUGCUUUCAAACUUUGUUGUCGAACGCUGCAGAAAAAAAGUAGUACAUAAUUAAAUAAUAAUAAAGUCAUGGAAAAAUCAUAUAAUCUAAGCCAUACAUUAUUUUAAGUAUUUUGCUUGAAAAAAUUUUGUCUUUGGAGGAAGUAUUGGCUUUCUUUGAAGAUUGCAUCAAUAACAGGCUUGAUAUCGAGACUGAAUUAGACACAAAAAUAUAUCUAAUUUUAUUUUUAGCCUGCCUAGUCAAGAAUUAAAUUUAUGAACUAAGAUGUAAAUAAUGA